AUGGGCUGCACCUCGAGCCUAGCCACGGCCGUGGACGCCAACUCGGUCGAGCGCGCGUUGGAAAUCGAACCCGGUCGGCCACCCUCGCCCCCCACCCGACAUCGGCCCCCGCCCGCCGCACCGUCCUCUGGGCGCCAUGCACGCUCCCCGCGCCGAAAUUCCAUCCCAACGCAAGCCGAGAUCGAGGCUCGAAAUCUGCAUCACUCUUUCGACGAUGGCAGCACAAGUGAUGAUCAUACCCACGCCCGAUCUGAGGCACAAGCAAAAGAAAAAGACCUUGACAAUGCCCCACCCACGCCACCCCUCUCUCCACUUCCCUCCCCGCUCGCUCGACCCCAACGCAGCAUCCUCAAGCGACGUGUCGUGCCACCGGCCACCAAUGAAGCUGCAGCUCCGCCUCCGGACGAGCCGAGUCGCUCAUUUCGUGUCACUUUUGCCGCAACCAAUGAGUAUGCGUCUGCCCCCGGUUCUUGCUUCAGCUCAAAGGCAUCCUCUGCCGCACCGACGCCCACCAGUCUGAUGGCUUUUGACGAUGAGCCCCACGCUGGCCUACAUCGCCACGAUACGCCCAUGCCUGCGACCCCGGCCCCACCCGAGCUGACACCAGAACCAUUGACCCCCCCACCACCAGGAUCCAUCACCCCAGAAACUGACUCGAGCUCUCCAGCCCUCACUCCCGAUGUUCCCUCAUCCAACGCCCUCACUCCCGAUGUCCCCUCAUCCGAUGCCCUCACCCCUGAUGCUCCGGCAUCGCUUGAGGGCACUGGUGCACCACAAACCAAUGACGUCCCACCUGCAGACGAUGCCCUUGCCGCAACGCCCCAAGCGGUGGUGCCCCCACCUGCUACACCGGCGUCGGGCUUUGAAGCGCCACAUGACCUGGCUGGAUUUACCAACGCCGAAGAGUACGAGGCCGCCCUCCUCAAACAUGCUCGAACCCAAUCCGGCGCGGCCAACCCGGGUGACUACAGCGAGGCUGUCGGGGGCUCGCAAGCUGAGUACGAGCAAGAAAAGGACUUUGAAAACGUGAUGACUAACAAAGAGGGACAACAAGACGCUGGUAGGCAUGCGCACCACACCCUCGCUUUGCCACGAUGGGGCUUGACUCUUCAUGCUUGGUUGGCCCGGCUGCCGAUGAAAGCUCAUGCCGGGUUUGGUAAUUUAGGCCCGUUUGCGCUUCGACUGGUAGAUGAAGCAGAGCGCAGUACCGGGCGGUGGCUGCGCACCUUGAAUCAGCAAGGCCUCUGUUUUCUUUACGUUCACACCGUGACGCACGAGAUUCGCGGUACCAAGCCCGACGACUACGUGGACGAUGAUGAUGGAUUGGCAGGUGCACCCUCGGUGGCUGAAGCCAACCAGCACCUUUUGCCGUCGCCACUACCCACCUGGGUCAUGACGCAUCAUGAUUGGCGACCCUUGCUCCGUUUCGCAAAGGCGAUUUUGCAACAAGUAAUCGUCAUGCUCGUCCCUGCACCUGGGGAUUACGAGGCGCUGAGCAACGACCUGCUAGAGGCCGGCCACGUUGUUAUCAAUACGCGGCCCCUCGCCCUUCCCUUUGCACGAACACGCAUCAAGGUGCCAGAUGCACUGGAUACAGCUCGACGCCAGCUCUGCGCCGCGCUGCGAGACGGACAAACUGUAGUCUUGGACCUUCAUGAUACAUGUCCUGCCUUUCGGGAUAAAAUCUGGAGCAACAAUAAAUUCUGCAACCAAUUACCACCGCAGCUCUUGGAUGCCCGCGACCGAGAGUUUUACCACUCCGUCUUUGAUCGCGCAAAGGGAGAUGGACCCCCAUCCAUGCACGAGGGUUUCCGGGCCGUCGUGCUCGCCCAGAUGAGUGAGCAGCAGGCACGUCGAGAAUUGCAGGCAGAAGUGCCCACGACGGAAUUGGCUUACGUGACGCUUGCAGCGCAGCCACUGCAGCCCCUAUGCUACCCCACCCAUCGGGACGUCGAAGUCCUCUCCGGUCUCGUGCCCCUGAGUGAUGCAACGUUGCUGGAGAAACAGCAGCGCAAAGUUCGACGCACGCUGGCUCUGGCAUUGCGUCAUGGAAAAUUGCUGGUGAUCGAGGCUGGACAAGACCCGGGCUGGACGCUCACGGAUCUGGCGUCUUGGUGUAACCUUCCAAUCGCCUUCUUUCUAGGUGCCAUGGAGCCCCAGGAGGCUGCUGAGCAGCUUUUUGAAGCUGAGGAUCGUGAGCACGGCAUGGCGGUGGUCCGAGCAGGAUUUGGUCUGAUAUUUUCCACCAAUCACGCGACGUCGCAUGGCGAGGCUGUUGUACAGCUGGCGCUGACGGUCCCGUGGACGGCGCUUGCGGGGUGUGUGGCUCUGCAAGCAGCUGAAUCCGACGCGUAG